UUUUUCAGCCACGCAAAAUGCGAUGGAACGUCGAAGCUAUCGACCAUAUCUUCGACAAAAUGGGACAGAUUCUGUUGACAAAUUUUUAAAAAAUAUUAAUUCAACCAAUAAUCAUAAUAAUGAAAGAUACACUUCCUCAAAAUUCCCUACGGAUGGUUUGGAUGGCGCUGGAACUUCAAAAUAUCCUUCAUACUCCACCUAUGUUGGGAAAUACUCUCCAUCAUUACGGAAUACAGUAUCAAGUUCUGCUGCUCCAGGCAACUAUUCAACCCGUUAUGAUGCCCCUACUGCUGAAAGGAGACGCCCGUCUGGGGUUCCUUUGUAUAAUUUGGCAAAAAAUACAACAUACAAUGCCGAGAAUUAUGGUGCUAAUGGGAGCAGUCGUUUUGCUCAAGGCGGGUACAAUGACUAUGGUGCGCAGCGGACAGGCUCAAUUCCCACGGUGCGAGAUGGGGCUAAGAAACAAAAGUCGGCCUUAAAAUCAUUACGUUCUUUCUUUAAGAGGCACCUGAUUGGAGGGAGCAGAGGCAGAAGGGAUCUGUCGGCUACACCUAUAAACACUCGAUUCUCCUCUACACAAAAUGUCAACGGUCAUCUUCCCUAUGCUGUUCCAACCACCCAUCGACGUUCAUCAUCUUCAUCCAUUGGAUUUAUCAACGAGAAUCGGCCACAACAAUCCUCUUCAGCAUUUAAUUCUUCUAGAGAUUCCAUUGUUAAACGUUCCUCUACCGUUCUACCUUUUAAUAAUGUUGAUUACUCACGCCCCUCAACUGUUGAUUCCCUUGAUUCUUCAAUAAAAGACGUGCAAAGAAGAACGGGAGACAUUUCCAUAUCAAAAGCUGAUAUUUCCAAACGCCCUCCUUUACCUUCUACUACAAAAUUUACACCUAAUAAACAUCCUUCAGUGCCUAUACCAGAUACUUCCAAUGUUAUUUCUGAUAGACAAUUAGCUCAAAAAAGACCUACUAUUACUCCCGAUGAAAGAACACCUACAAUAAUUUGUGAUAGAAAUCCUAAAACAAUUAUUCCGUGCUUGAGAGGUCUUUUAAAUCACGGGAAUACUUGUUAUUUCUCUGCCAUCAUCCAGUGCCUUGCAGCUUGUGAGCGAUUUGCUGAAUUUCUUAUUUGUAAUGAUUCUGAGUUUUCUGAUCAUGCAAAUAGAGAUGUUGGUAUUUGUUUAGAUGAGGAUGGUCUCUAUAAAUCAUUUGUUUCCACACUUCGCUGUCUUUGGUUCAACAACCCCAAUGCCGACUCUUUUUGCUUGAAAACUCUUAGAUUUAUUGGACAAGCGAAUCCACUGUUUAUUAUAUCUCAUCAACAGACAUAUAAAUCUGAAGAAGAAUUGGCCAGUGAUGCAUUAGAGAAAAUUAGUGGUUCUCACGAAUCUACAGUUAUGGAUUUGUUUAGGUAUGAUUUUAUAAGCUUGUUUAUUUUAUUUUUUAGGGGGCAAUUCCGAACUGCACUGAAAUGUACUAAUCCGGGUUGUGGUUUUACUAAUUUGUCGUUUGAGCCAUAUCUUUGUAUUUCGUUAAGUGUUCCAUUGGCAAAAAAGCUUCACCAUUAUUCUGUACUUCUUUUCUCCUUCCAUCCAACUCGCGAGAUCAUCCGUUUUUAUUUUGCCGUUCCGGAAACAUCUUUAAAUGUUAGGCAUUUUAAAAAUAAAAUAAUGGAACGUAUGAAUGGUUCAUCAGAAGAAACGGUAUCUUGUUGUAUUGAGCCAAAUGGUUUAAUACAAUUACUUGAUGACGAUUUUGUAAUUUAUUUUGAUAACCGUCAAUUUGGGGAACUCAAUAUUCUUGAAAUUCCAAAAAUCCUUCCAACACAUAAAAAUGAUGAUACAAUUGUUUGUAUAGUUGUAUUUGUUAUGGGAACCUUGCCAAACUGUGAACGCAAUUUUUUAUUACAAAAAUGUGAACGUCUUCUUCCUCGUCAUUUCUCUAUUUUGCCGCAAGACUAUAAUAUUUUUGUUCAAAGUCGUGAUAAUUCAUUGCAAGUUCUUCAUCCUCAAACGAAGAGACCGUUAUUUAGUGAUUUUGUGGAAAGAAUUUUAAAUGACGUUGACAAUCCUAAAAAAGUUUUGCGAAUAAUUAUUGAAUGGGAUUUGUCUUUGAAACAACGAUUUUUGUCUUAUGUUGCGCCUGAGCCCAUCCUGAAUGAUUAUUCUUUUUAUCGUAAGGUGGAGAGUUCUGAUUAUGAUUCUAAACAAUCUACUAUUUCGCUAACAAAUUUGCUUGAUCAAUUCGUCGGAUGUGAAUCUAUACGUGAUUGGACAUGCCCAAAUUGUACAAAAUCGCCAGGAUCCAUGGAACUUCGUUUCCAUUCAUUACCCGAUGUUCUUGUUUUCCAUCUCAAGCGUUUUGAAUUGUUAUCUGAAAGUGUCACAAAAAAGAUUGAUAGCCGUGUUAAAAUACCGCUUGAAAAACUUGAUAUGAGUCCUUAUGUUUAUAGUCAAUAUUCAAAGUCAAGUACCUUACCUAAGAAUAAAAAAGGAGGAAAUAAAACAUUUAAUUAUGUUGAAAAGAAUUUAAUGAUUUAUGAUUUGGCGGGUGUAAUUUAUCAUUAUGGAGAGAGGACUAAUUCUGGGCAUUACACUGCUGCUACACUAAAUCCUGUUGAUGGAAAAUGGCGAAUAUUUGACGAUUCUCGCGUUUCAACUCUCGCUGAAUCUGUUACCGGAUCAAGUGAACUUGAAAUUUCUUCUCGCUCUUAUUUACUUUUCUACCAACGGCAGCCUUAUUUACAACGAAAGUUAACUUGGUUUCCUCAAAAUGUUCCAGAGCAUAUUAUAAAGAAAUACCAGAAAAAGGAGUAUUCUGAGAAUGUUGAUCGUUCUUAUGCAAAUGGAAAUUCGAUAUUUUAUAAAGACAACAGUGAUCCAACAUUAAAAGAAAGUUAUCUAAAAUCGCCAACAAAGUCUUUGACGCAAGAGAGAAUAAUUCCAAUUAUACGAGAAACACGUGCAGGUCCUGCGGUUGGAUAUGUCCCUGAAUUUACGUCAUCCUAUACUAACCGUAACUUCUAG